AAAUGGAUGAAAACAUAUUUCCACUGAAAAUAGUCGAAAUGUGCAGAGAGGCCAAGUAAGAAAAAUGCUGCUUGAGAACGUCUUAGCGUUUGAAUUUCGGCUAUUUCCUUGGUAUAUUUUGACACGUGAUGAUGAUGACAAUGUGUUUAACAUUUAGAAAGCUUUCAGCUUUUUGAAUCUCAAUGUCUACAGUCGUUGAAUAAUUAUUGUGUGAUCUACCCCAUUAUUUCCUGCAACUGGGAACAUUUCAAUCAAUAAAAAUUGAAAAUAAAUCCUUAAAAAUAAACACUGAUAUUACCAUUGAAAUGAUCAAAAAAAUCAAAUUCUGCCAAGCCUGUAUAUAAGUCUAACAAUACAAUAACCACUAAAUCAGCGUUUCUGAAACUGGGGGUCCUGCUAAAUAGAUCCGCUAAAUCGACCGCCGGUGCCAUAGUGUAGACCUGCCCUCAGUCUCUCCCAUUGAAGCUGUUCCACCAUGUAGAAAUGGUUACAUACGCAUUGGGUGGGAGAGAGAGAGACUGUCUCCAGACCUGGGGCAGGGCCCUCACCUGGAUUUUAGGAGACCCAAGUUUCAGGUCCACUCCUCCUAUGUCUAUUUAGACCUUUCAGUUUGGGCUGACCCAGCCUGUCUCCUUUGUGUACCUUUUCCUAGCAACAUUUGUUCUUAGAGGUGAUUGUAACUUUGUAUGAACUUUCAUCCACUUUCCAAAAAAUGGAGCUCCCCACUGGGGUAGAACUGCCCGAUCCCAGUGACUACAACACAUCCUGCUGGGGGAAACCCAUUCAGAGAGGGGAAUUUCAGGGGGCUGCUGAUGGGUUUGUGUUAGAAGGGCUGGAGCAGGAAAUACACAGGGCAAGGAGGUGGUGACGGGGAGGGACAAACCUGCUCUGACAUGUUCAGUCUGUGGCAUCCCUGGGUCUUUCAUGUGCCCAGUUUCGUUUCUGCUCAGGUUCUACCCUGGUCACUUAGGUUACGUCCACACAGGCACUGGGAGGUGGGAUUCCCAGCCCGGGUAGAUGUACGUGCACUAGUUCUGCUAGAGCUAGAGCCUAAAUAUACGGCCUUGGUAGCGGCUUGGGCUAGUCACCUGAGUGUGCUCAGAAGACGCCUAUUGGGAUCUGGGGUGGAAAUUCCCCCAUUUUUGGAACUGGAAACAAACCCCCUGGACAGGGCUGGGAAAAUUGACUGGACUCCCAGAGCUGGAGUCUGAACCGACUAUGCAGAGGCUGCUGUGGAAUACGAAGGGGGCACCCAGCGGAGCCGGUGACCUUCGAGGAGGUGGCUGUGUAUUUCACCGAGAGGCAGAGGGCUCUGCUGGACCCCGCUCAGAGAGCCCUCCACAGGGACGUCAUGCAGGAGAACUACGAGGCGGUGACCUCGCUGGGGGGUGCUGGGAUGGUGAGUGAGAAGGAGAAUCCACAGCGGGAAGAUGUUGAGGACCUGGAUCUGCAGGGAACAGUAUUGGGAAGAUCCGAGGGGGAUUUUUAUGAGAAUUGUAAACCAGGAAAAGCCUGUGGAAAUCAGCGCAGGUCAGAGAGGCCGCUGGGAUAUGACCCAGGGAAGAAAACGUGUGAACCCAUAAAUGAUGGUGGAGAUUGCAAGGACCUUGAGGAAAGCACAGCCCAGCAGAGAAUCCCCACAGAAGAGAGAAAAAACACAUGCAGCGAGUGUGGGAAAAGCUUCAGUCGAAGUUCACAUCUUAUUUCCCAUCAGAGGAUCCACACGGGAGAGAAACCCUACAAGUGCCUUGUCUGUGGGAAAGGUUUCAAUCAGAGCUCAAACCUUAUUUCCCAUCAGAGGAUCCACACGGGAGAGAAACCCUAUAAGUGCCUUAAUUGUGGGAAAGGUUUCAAUCAAAGUUGCCAUCUUAUUAGGCACGAGAGAACCCACACAGGUGAGAAACCCUAUAAAUGCCUGGAGUGCGGGAAAAGCUUCAUUCAGAGCUCGGAUCUUAUUUCACACCAGAGAACCCACACGGGAGAAAGACCCUUUAAAUGCCUGGACUGUGGGGAAAGUUUUGAUUGGAACAUGCAGCUUGUUAGACAUCAGAUGCACCACACGGGAGAGAAACCCUACAAAUGCUUGGAUUGUGGCAAGGGGUUUAGUGACAGUUCAGCCCUUAUUACUCACCAGCGACUCCACACAGGAGAGAGACCCUAUAAAUGCCUUGAUUGCGGGAGAAGAUUCAAUCGGAGCUCACACCUGACUCGACACAAGAGGACCCAUUCUGGAGACAAACCCUAUAAAUGCCUGGAGUGUGGGAAAAGUUUCAAUCAGAGCUCAUACCUUAUUUCACAUCAGCGAACGCAUACAGGAGAGAAACCCUAUAAAUGCCUCGAGUGUGGGAAAAGAUUCAGUUGGAGCUCAGAUCUGAUUUCACAUCAAAGAACUCACACAGGCGAGAGACCUUAUAAGUGCCUGGACUGUGGGAAAAGCUUUAGUGACAACUCAGCCCUUAUUAAACAUCAGAGAAUCCAUACAGGAGAGAGACCCUAUAAAUGCCUCGACUGUGGGAAAACUUUCAAUCAGAGCUCCACCCAUAUUCGACAUCAGAGAAUCCACACUGGAGAAAAACCUUGAAUGUGGGAGAAGCUUCAGUUGGAGUCAGCGCGUAUGGGGAUCACCAAAUCCAUAUGGGGAAAAGACCUCUUAAAUAUCUUACGCAUGGAAAAUGUUUCAGGUGGAACUGACACUGGAGACUCCACACAGAAGAGACAUUUUAUCAAUUCCAUCACUAGGAAUGGCCAUAGUUUAUUAAAAAAAAAAAUCCAAUUCCCCUGCACACGUCUUUGACGUCUUUCAUGCUAAGUCAGACUCAUGAGGGCUGGAGAUGAAAGUGUCUCAGAUCUGGAGGAGGGAUUUGUAUAAAUCCCAAACACAGCCUGAUACUUCUGAGCUUCAGUCCCUGGUUCCAUCUAUGGGUAAAGCUGCUUCUGGGCUGUUUCCUACCCAGUCAGAUUGCAGAAGGGAAUUUGGGUUUUCUCCUUACAUUAGGAUGAUGUUAAAACUUUUGUAAAUAACGUGAUCAUAUAAGAAGGCUCCAAAUGAGGCAGGUUUAGGCAGUUUAGGGGAAACCAGGGGUAAAUCUGUUCUCCUGAGUCUGAGUCAGAAGGAACAUGCUCUGGGAUGUCACUUUCCAUGAACCUAACCGUAUCGUACAGCCUGGUCUGUAUUGUGGGUUAUUCCCUCUUUGCUGAAGGCCUUUUGGUCACAUAGAAUCGUAGAAUGUAAGGCCAGAAGGGACCACUAGAUCAUCUAGGCUGGCCUGCUGUAUAUCACAGGCCACCAACCCCACCCAGCAUCUGCACACUAAGCCCUACAAUGGAAAUGAAAUAGUUCCCAUCUUUGAAUGUUAAUUUAGUUUGACGUGAUGAAAAGCCGAUUUACCGGGGACUUCACAAGACAAAUGACCCUUUGCCAGAAGAGGCCUUUUUUAUUUUAUUUGGCCUUUUCCCCCACCCCCUGCCAGGAGAUAUCUGUGGUAUUUGAACAAUUAUAAUUCUAAAUAACCACAAUAAACAAACACCAAUGGGCGAGUGUGAGAGUCGCAGUCUGAGAGGCAGAGACUGAAAUGGGGAUGGAGGUUACUACCUGAUGCCCUGCAAUGAGGUGAGAGCCCGUCAGGAGUGGGGAGAGUGUAGGAAGUGGGAGAUGCAGACCUGGGAAACUGCAGGGUUUUCUCUUGAGAGCCAGAAAGCUGAGAACUGUGAACUUGCUGCACUGGGGCCUGAGAGAGACAGGGGUUAUCCUACGAAUGUUGGGUGAAGCCAUCCUGGAAUAGGAAAUGGCUACAUAAAGGAUCAGGCUGAUUAUUAUGAAUCACGUUCAUUACGGUAGGGCUUAAGGGCCCACUAAGAAAGCGUCUUCCUUGUGCUAGGCACUGUGCAAACAGAGGAGCAGAUCACAGCCAAGAAGGAAGCCAGGGAACUAAUCCACAGACCUCUUCAGCCCUGAAGCCAGGCUGACCCACAUCACCAAGGCCAAAGUGAAUCAAAGAGCCUGACAGCCCAGCUGUCACCCCUCACCCAGCUACCGCCGCUUCCCGUGUGGGGAUGCCACAGACUCUCUCUGUCCCACUCACUCUUCACGUGCCAGGGACGUCCACGGGGGGGGAUAAAACCCUCCGUUGGGAUUGGAACUGCUGCUCCUGCUCUAAACUCCUGCCGUUCUCUGGCUCAUAUACC